GAACUUUAAUAGUGUAGUCGAACGGUCGGGUCUAGACUUCGUUCUCCAGAUUUACUUUUUAUUACAACUUAGAUUCCGAUAUAUAUCGCGUUUUGUUGUUUUUUGGUUUUACUAUUUUGUACAGUAAACCAUAAAACAUAAUAGUCAACAAACCCAGGGGCAAUAGCUAGAAUUCAACUUUUUUUCAUUUCAAGCAUUUUGAAAUUUGAACAAAACAAAAGAAAAAAACUAUUGUGGGUGGAGGUGCAAUAGAUAGUGAAUCUGCCGAAGCAAUCGGAUUGGAGUGUUCUUUUGUGGCAUCUCAAACGAUGAGUUCAAUACCUGGUUUGCUGACUUUAUGCCCAUCUAGGGCUGAAUUAUUGGUAGCCCGGGAACCACUCCACCAGCUGUAUACAGUGGAAAAGCAACCAUUCGCAAGGGGCAAAUUUGCUGCUGUGAAGCGAUGUCAAAAUAUUUUGAACGGAGAACAAUUUGCUGACAAAGUGAUCCGCAAAAGACGUCGAGGUGGCGGUCCUACACCGGAAUCGUUGCAUGAAGCAGCAAUUUUGGACUUGUGUCGCUCGUGUCCGCACAUCGUUCAACUAGUACAAUUGUACGAUACACCUUUGGAAACUAUCCUCAUUUUGCAACUAGCUACUGGUGGGGAGCUGCAAAGUGUGCUAGAUCGCGAUGAAAUACCGGAAGAAAAACACGUUGUCCGUCUUCUACGCCAAGUUUUGGGGGGUUUACUAUUCCUUCAUGACUUUGACAUAGCACACUUAGAUUUGAAGCCUCAAAAUUUGCUAUUAACGGGACCGUUCCCCGAGUGUGAUAUUAAGCUGUGUGACUUCGGUUUAGCAAGGCAUAUCGCUCGUGGGGUGGAUAUGCGCGAAAUUAUGGGAACUCCUGAUUAUGUUGCACCGGAAAUAUUGAACUAUGAGCCCAUCAGCCUAGCAACAGACAUGUGGUCGGUCGGUGUUCUAGCAUAUGUAUUGCUCACCGGUUGUACACCGUUUGGAGGAGAGACCAAACAGGAAACCUUUUGUAAUAUCACUCGCUGCCAACUGGACUUCCCUGACGAACUUUUCCAGGAUGUUUCACCAACAGCCAUCGAAUUUAUUUCUAACCUGCUUACCCACGAUCCCAGUACUCGGCUGACUGCUCAAUGUUGCCUUCAUCACCCGUGGUUAAAUAUCGGCCCCACCGCCGAAAAAAUCCCGUCCUUCUUGCCGUCUGAAGAUUCUUCCGCACGCUCUUGCAAUAACAUUCCGUUUCCCGAUGACGAGGAUCUCGAAGACCGUCAGAAGCGCGCGGUUAGCGCAUUCCACAACCCGUUUGUUUGUGGUGUUGGUGGUCAGACAACUCCCAAAAUAGGGGUCGCUUGUGCUGCAAAUGCGGUGCCUUUGGUUACGGAGUCUUCAAAGCUAGUCGUUAUUCCUAAACGGAUUGGUACAGCACCCACCAAAAAUAGUUUAACACAAUAUGCAAUUUUUCGUUUUUGACAUGACGUCUUGCGAGAAUAUGGGGUAUGAUUUUUUCAGUUUCCACUGUCCGUAAUUGUCUUUAGGUUAUCUACAAUUUUCCCCUGCUAAUCUUAGUCGGUGUAACAGAUUAAGCAAUCGCCACGUUAAUGUUAUGGCAGAUAUUUUCUUCCGCAAAGAUCGAUGGUACUUUUUCUGGUAAGGCGCCGUGUUAAACAAGAUAAGUGCAGGAUGUUAAAUGUUUCGGUGGAUACUGAACAAACAAGCCCAACUUCUGCGCGGUAUAUGUGAAUUUGGUUUUACCAGGUAUAUCGUUAGUCAACGCAGGAAUUCAUUGUGGUUCGGCUUAGGAGCUUCGCUGAAUCAACGUGAAAUUUCUUACGAAGAAACAAGUGUGAUUCAGGUUACGGCAUUGACGGAUUCAUCCAAAUGUUUUCCUUUAAUUUGCCUUGCGACCCAUUAACAUACUGGACACUUCGUCUGUUUGGACUCCGCGCUGCCCUGUGCCACUAUUCUGACAUCGAUUGCGGAUGGACUAUUCUAGAGUCGGAACGUUUUCCUCUCGUCGCGGCGAUAACGUGAGCUGACCUACCUCCCCAUAUCUUCGUGAAUACAGCCAAUAUAGCUUAUUGUAGAAGUAAUGAAGCCAAACUGUAUAGUCCUGGGAGAAGUCUACGCAGGAAGACAAAACCUGUUGCUUUGGGGCGCCUCAAUGUUUUUUCUUCAAAAUACUAUGCCCGAGCUUUCAGAACCAUUCUUCAUUCGCUGUCCACUUCACUGCCAGCUUGGCCGGCAGUAAAGGUACCUGAGGUUCGGACACUGUUGUUUGUAUACCCAAUCUGUACCACAAAACCUUCGCCUUUGCCGACCAAAGCCCCUCAUGUUCAUUUCGAGACAGCAGAGACUGUCUGAUCUCGCGUAGUUAAGUUUUAGUUGAUUUAAAAUUGUCCUACUGCCGCCCUUUUUCCACGUUACUUUGUGUGUGUAUGUGUGUGUGUUUGUUCUUGUGUUUGUGUGUGUCGCAGGGAUACGGGACCUAAUUCAAAGUUGAGGUCCAUUUCGUAAUCAUUGUUCUCUUUGUUUAAUAUUAAAUUCAAUUACCACCUCAUGUAUACCAUCAUAGUUAGCCCCUUUUCAUCGCAGAAGGGAAUUGUUUAACUAGUCAGUUUGGCACUAGAGGCAUUCACGUGUCAUCGCACACGUUCUCGUAAUUUUUAAAGAGAGCGAUUCCUUAACUUCCGAUUGUGUAUUAUCCUGCCCCCGUUUAGGUUCUGGCAAAAUUUUUAAAUAUAAUAAUUCCACCACAAUGCCUGUUAACGCUUCAUAUGUCAACGACCGAAAUCCACAUGAGCAUUGGGUUCCUUUGUUCGCCAUUGCAAAAUUUACUCAUUUCGCUUUCCCAAUUUUUUCGACCUAUUUGCGUCUCGUUUAAUCGCUGAAGUUUGUGCAAGAGACCAAAUCACCCAAUUUCGUUAAUAAUUGUACAUUUUUUGUAAAAAGGAUGCCUUUUAAAAUGCCUGAGAUUAAAUUACGGUGUCUGAGCAUUC